CGUCAUCAGAGGGGGCGUGUCCGAUUCCAAUGUUAAUAGUUGCUGUCGCCGAGGUGAAACGUGCUGCGCAUUUACAUAAUUCUGAAAAGUCACCGCUAAAAUGGACUAUCAUGUUUUGCAAAACAGUCACCAGUACCCCUCAAAGGAGUUGCCCAAUGGUUUCAUCCUGCCAGAGGGGAAGAUCACUCCCAAUGCCAUCUUUGUUGGCGGCCUAGGCAUUGAGGUGGAUGAACGAGAAGUGAAGGAGUUCUUCAAGCAGUAUGGCGCCAUCAAAGAUGUAAAGAUCAUAACAAACUCUGGAGGAUCCUGCAAAGGGUAUGGAUUUGUGUACUUUGAAGAAGAUGUCAACAUUGAUUCAAUUGUCGAACAGCAGAUGCGCUUCAAUGGCCGGCGACUGAAAUUGGGUCCCGCCAUCAUGAAAAAAAGGCAACAUGUUUCUAGAUUCAUGGCUUCUAAUGUUAUGGGCUCAUCGCUUUGGGUCAGGACACCACAAUGUGUGUACUGGCCCUGGUGCCCUCCCCCUAUGCCAGCUCCAAUGCCCCUACACCCCCCUGUUGUUGAUGGGCUCUGCAAUCAGGCAUACCAAUAUGGCGACUACAUGACACCACAGUUUCCAGUGGGCUACGUGCCAGCGCCGAAUUUCCAGGAGGAUCCAGGCUACUACGCAGCCAACAGACCACCAGCCUUUCAGACCUAUGUGGACUCAGAGGUUCAGACCUUAGUGACGGCACUGAGUUCUCAGCUGCGGAGAACCCUGAAUGAAAAUGGAGAAUUACGUUACUUUUAAGGCUGAAUCCAGCUCAACCCUUCAAACCGAUUCCACAGUGGCUGACAUCCAUUCGCAAUACAUUUUAAGGAACAUUUUAGCACUUCCCUCCUGUUCACAACUAGAAGUUCGAGCACUCUCACCGACAGAAGGGACCAUGACUGAUUUUAUCCAGCUUUCCAAGGAAGAGUAAAGAAUUGUCACAGCCAAAAAAAAACCAAAGCAAUAAAUAUAUUUUCUUUUUUUUGUUUGUUUGUUUACUUACGUACUUUUAAACCCAUGCUGUCCUCUGAAAAAUCAAAUUUGUACCCUUUUAUAAUUUUGUUAUUUAUUUUUGCUUUGUGUGAUGCUUUCUGAAAAAAAAAAUGUGCACGGCACACAUUUAUGUUGACAGUUAAGUAUAAUAAGUCCAAUGCAACAUUUGUAUCCAAAUUGCUGGUCAGCUGACUAUUUUGAAAUCUGAGUUUAUUUUCAUUCGGGGUGUUUCAGUGAAGUCGUUAAAUCACAUCACUGUGGUCAGCUGCACUCGUUUAAACAUUUUCAUCCCUUCUGUCCUUAGUUGUGGAUUCACAUGAAUGUACAUAGUUACAUUUUUAUAGGUGUUUUUUGGUUGUCCUGGUUCUGGGUGCUCACUAUUAUGUUUGUAGUGCAAUGUAUAGUAGUUUGCAUGGUGCGCAUUUUUUUUUUCUGGGAAAAAAAUGUAGGUCUCAAUAAUUGCUAGAGUUUGUACCCUUUUGUUGUUGUUUGGAGUCUCUUCUUAAUGUUUGAA